GAGAGAAGAAGCAGUGGCAACAACACAGGCCGGUACCGAGCGCUUUGCCCCCGGAGGCGGAGGGGAAUCUCCCAUUGCAGGAUGUGGCUGAACCCGGAGGAGGUGCUGCUGGCUAAUGCUCUGUGGGUGACGGAGAGAGCCAACCCGUUCUUCUUGCUGCAGCGCCGCAGGGGCCAUGGCAAAGGCGGUGGCCUGUCAGGCCUGUUGGUGGGGACUCUGGAUGUAGUUUUAGAUUCCAGUGCCCGAGUGGCCCCUUACCGGAUACUACACCAAACCCAGGAAUCUCAGGUCUACUGGACUGUGGCCUGUGGAUCAUCCCGCAAAGAGAUCACAGAGCACUGGGAGUGGCUGGAGAAUAACUUGCUGCAGACUCUGUCAAUCUUUGAAAAUGAGGAGGACAUCACCACUUUCGUCAAAGGCAAAAUCCACGGCAUAAUUGCUGAGGAGAACAAGAGCUUGCAGCCUAAGGAUGAGGAAGACCCUGGUAAAUUCAGGGAGGCUGAAGUGAAGAUGAGGAAGCAGUUUGGGAUGCCAGAGGUAGAGAAACUGGUCAACUAUUACUCCUGUAGCUACUGGAAAGGGCGAGUGCCUAGACAAGGCUGGCUCUACCUGACAGUCAACCAUCUCUGCUUCUAUUCCUUUUUGUUGGGCAAAGAAGUAACUCUGAUUAUCCAGUGGCUGGAUGUGACUCAGCUGGACAAGAAUGCCACUCUUCUGUUCCCAGAAUGCAUCACAGUCAGCACACGGGACAGCGAGCACUACUUUUCCAUGUUUCUCAAUAUCAGUGAGACCUUCAAGCUAAUGGAGCAGCUGGCCAACAUCGCCAUGAGGCAGCUUCUGGACAAUGAGGGUUUCCAUGAAGAUAGAAACCUUUCCAAACCAAAACGAUCACUCAAAAAAACCUCUGCCCUGAAAAGGGAUCUGGAUGCCCGAGCAAAGAAUGAACGGUACCGGGCCACUUUCCGCCUUCCUAGGGAUGAGCGUCUGGAUGGGCACACAGACUGCACUCUCUGGACCCCAUUUGCUAAAAUGCACAUCCCUGGACAGAUGUUUGUUUCCAAUAACUACAUCUGCUUUUCUAGCAAAGAGGAAGAAGCAUGUUUGUUAAUCAUACCCCUUCGUGAGGUUACUAUUGUAGAAAAAGCAGAUAGCUCCAGUGUGCUGCCAAGUCCUCUGUCCAUCAGCACCAAGGCCAAGAUGACUUUCCUAUUUGCCAAUCUAAAGGACAGAAACUUCCUGGUGCAGCUUAUUUCAGACUUUCUGCAGAAGACAUCAGCACAAAGAGUUAAAGGAGACUGUACUGGGGAGAUAUUAAAAGGAAAUGCACAGAACAACGGAUGUGAGGAGGCUACAAAUCCCUCUCCCUCUAGCUCCACUGAUGUGAGUCCCACCUUUUCCACUCCUCAGAAUAAUGGCAGUGAUGCUCCCACUGCUUCUCAUGGCCUUCUGAAGCUGUUCCAGAGGGAGAUUACAGAAGACAUGAAGCCUAAAUGGGAUAAAGAAAAAAUGAAGGAAGAGUCGUGGAACAUCCAUUUUCUCGAGUACGGUCGGGGCAUGUGUAUGUACCGCACAUCAAAGACCCGAGAGCUAGUGCUAAAGGGAAUUCCAGAAAACCUGCGAGGGGAGCUCUGGCUUCUGUUUUCAGGAGCAUCCAACGAGAUGGUGACACACCCUGGUUAUUAUGCAGACUUAGUGGAAAAAUCCAUGGGAAGAUGCAACUUGGCAACAGAUGAGAUAGAAAGGGAUCUUCAUCGUUCCAUGCCAGAGCAUCCUGCCUUCCAGAAUGAACUUGGCAUAGCGGCACUUCGCAGGGUGCUCACUGCAUAUGCUUUCCGCAACCCAAAUAUUGGUUAUUGCCAGGCCAUGAAUAUAGUGACCUCUGUUCUGCUGCUUUACUGUAAUGAGGAAGAGGCUUUCUGGCUUCUGGUGUCCUUGUGUGAGCGCAUGCUUCCAGAUUACUACAACACGCGGGUAGUGGGAGCAUUGGUGGACCAAGGUGUGUUUGAAGAACUGACCCGUUUGUACCUGCCCCAGCUGUCUGAGAAGAUGCAAGAGCUUGGAGUUAUCUCUACCAUCUCCCUCUCCUGGUUCCUCACCUUGUUUUUGAGUGUCAUGCCAUUCGAGAGUGCAGUAGUGGUGGUGGACUGCUUUUUCUUUGAAGGCAUCAAACUGAUCCUGCAGCUGUCAUUGGCUGUCCUAGAGGCUAACAUGGAGAGUCUGAUGAACUGCAUGGAUGAAGGAGAAGCUAUGACUAUCCUUGGAAGAUAUUUGGACAAUGUUUUGAACAAGCAGAGUGUUUCUCCUCCUAUCCCACACCUGCAUGCACUGCUUACCAUUGGGGAUGAACCGCCCCCCGAAGUAGACAUUUUUGAGCUUAUCGAGGCUUCCUAUGAGAAGUUCAGCGCUCUCAGAUCUGAUGACAUUGAGCAGAUGCGGUUCAAGCAGAGGCUGAAAGUGAUACAGAGUUUGGAAGACACUGCCAAAAGAAGCAUAGUGAGAGCCAUUUCCACUGAUCUAGGUUUCUCUAUGGAAGAGCUGGAGGAUCUGUAUGUGUUGUUUAAGGCCCAGCAUCUAAUGAAUUGUUACUGGGGAGGAAACCGCACCUCUGGGAGCAGACACGACCCUAGCCUGCCCUAUCUGGAACAAUAUCGUAUAGACCUGCAGCAGUUUCAAGAACUAUUUAAUCAACUCACUCCCUGGUCCUGUGGCCAACAUGCCCCUAUUCUGGCCACCCGUAUAUUCCGCCUGCUGGACAGCAACAAAGACUCACUUAUAAACUUCAAAGAAUUUGUAACAGGGCUUGGUGGCAUGUAUCAUGGAGACAUGACUGAAAAGCUAAAAUUCCUCUAUAAGCUGCAUAUGCCUCCAGCUCUGGGCCCUGAGGAAACAGAGUCUGCCCUAGAAGCCACCAGUUUUUUCACAGAGGACCUACACCCAGAAGUAUCUCCCUUUCUGUCCGAGCUGGAUCUCAUUCUGCAGUGUGAGUUCCCAGACUCCGAUGGACAGGGAAAUGAACCCACAGCUGUGCAAGGAAAUUCUCCUGAGAAGAAAGAUGAAAAGACAACCAGUUCCGUGGACUAUAAAUAUUAUCUCCGUAUGUGGGCCAGUGAGAAAGAGCAGAAAAAGGAGACUAUCAAGGACUUGCCAAAAAUGAACCAGGAACAGUUUAUAGAGUUGUGUAAAACAUUCUAUAACAUGUUCAGUGAGGAUCCGCAGGAACAAGAGUUGUACCACGCCAUUGCCACUGUUGCAAGCCUUCUGCUGCGAAUCGGCGAGGUAGGAAAAAAGUUCUCCAACCCGCCCCUCAGAAAUGCUGAGACCUGUCCAGAGAAUAUGACCAGAGAACCUUCUAGCGAGGAAGAAGAGCCAAGUUCCAGUUUAGAGAACCGACAUAUGAAUGCAACCGAGAGGCAAGAGCAGGCUGAAACGUGUAUCCCAGUCCCCUCCAGCGCUACAAGCCUACUUACCCCACUAGAGCAGAUCCAGAACCUCCAAGAAGACAGAGCUGCAACGGAUGGAAAUAGUCCUACACAGCCAACCUCUGAUGAUGAAACAAAGGACGACACAUCAGUAUCCUCAUAUUCCAUGGUUAGUGCUGGUUCACUCCAGUGUGAGGAUAUUGCAGAUGACACUGUACUAGUAGGAUGUGAAGCUGCUAAUGCCGCUGCUAAAUAUGGAAGCACAGUAGACGCGGAGUGGGCAAUCUCUUUUGAACAGAUCCUGGCCUCGAUGCUUACAGAGGCAGUGUUGGUUAGCUACUUUGAGAAGAAAGUGGAUAUUAUUCAAAAAAUCAAACAGAAGAAAGUGGAGAGGCAAAUUAGCUCCUCUAGCGAGCAAGAACUUUCCUCUGUGUCAGGGUGACAUGGACCCUUCUACAGAAAUGGGGUUCUAUCCUGCGAUGGAGAAUGAAAGUUUUACGGAUCAUUUUAUUCUUACCCCCCUUCUUGUUGUAUUAAAUUAUGCAUCUUCCAUGGUUGCUAAUGUAUGGAAGUCGAUUCAGGAAGACUUGUUUUGCACUUGAAAGAACUUAAUUGGAAGCAGAGAGCCCGUUAUUUGCUAACAGUUAUGCAUGUUUGCCUCUGACUACUGUUUUAAUGAACAUUUUUAUAUACUGUGCACCUGCACCUUGCUCUGCAACAUCUCACUUCAUAGCUUGCACUGGUAGUAUUAGGAAACACGCCUUACCUGUCCCCUCUAUCAUACUGAGCACGUAUUCUUUUUUUUCUCAGACACGUCCUUUGCUCUGUUUAUAAGGUACCCGGAUUAUCGAUAGUGUGCAUAGGUGAUAUAGGGUCAUGUGAUAAAAACCAGUAUUGUGGCUUAACCAAAUCAGUGUCCUAGCUGAAGUGCAAUAGCCAGGUGUACAGAAUUGUAUGGCAGUUUAUCAUGUAUUUGCUUUUUCCUUGUCUCACAAAUACCUUGUAAAACCAUCUGUCACUCCGUGAUAACUACAUAUAAAAGGAAUAGAAUUUUCUUACAGGAUGAAUAAGCUACAUGUGAGCUUUUCCCAGUCUCUCCUAUGCUGCUCAUUCAUGCUUUCAUGCCAAUUCCCCUCCCCCCAGUAAAAGACCAGAACAGAAUACAGUCUUUUAACAGCACAGUAGCUUUGCAACCUAUAGUUUAAACAUCUACACUUUAAUGUAUAUUAUAAAUGAGUCCAAAAUAUACAUAACAUUAAAACAAAGCACAAAUAAUGAAGAAUGAAGACCAACUGAAAACUGUCUUAGAAAGGUGCUCUCUACAAAAUACUAAAGGUCAAAAGUGAACAACCCCUUUAAGUAACAUAAGAUAUAUAUUUAUAUUAUAACAUACAGAUGGCAACUUCAGUAUCGAUAUAUCUGUUACUUAUUUGGUGUUUGAAUCACCAUCUAAAUAGUUUAAACAAUCAGUGUUUAUUUAUUAGAAGGAAUAUUUAUGAAAUACUAUAAUAUGUGCAGUGAAGUAAGUUUUGCUGUAAGGAGAAUAAAGGAUUGUACAGUGCAUAGUUAAACUUUAUGUUGCAAAGCUAGAGAAGGGCUUUAUUCCAUUUCUGGUGGUGGAAACCUUAGUAACACUGGAGUGUACUGGUUUAGCCACAAAUCUAUUGGGCCAGUAGCCUCCAAACAAAUGUGAAAGGAUAUCAUUCAUGCUUUGUAAAUAUUACAAUCAUUUCAACUGCUGGACCACUUUCCAUUACAUUCCAUCAUUGGCUUGCCCUUGAAAUGGGAAUAUUAAAGAGCAAAUAACAUCCUCUAGUGUUGGGUAUCCCAGGCCGCAUCAUCUGAACAAGAGAUGCAAUUAGGAUCAAGAGCCAGUACUCAAUGAAAGCAACCCAGUUCUGCCGGUUUGAUUUACCAAAAAGACCAAAAGUGUGCUAUUGUUUUUUUUUUUACCAAGUACUAAGGUUGGACUGGGGGGGUCAGGGCCCACCAGGGCUGCCGCCUAAUGUGGCUGGGGGAGUGCAGACAGGGAUCAGAUCUUUUCCCGGCGGCCCAGUCUGACCCUGUCAAGUACAGUGACCAAGUGUCAGAGAUUCGUGAAGUCAUGGAUGCCAUAUUUAUGGUCAUCAACAUGGUGUCCCCCUGGGUAAAAGUUUUGUAUGUAGAAAUGACUAUGAACCCCCUAUUUAUCAGAACAUAUGCACAAUCUAUUCUACUAAAUCUCCAGCUACUGUAACAGGUGGUAGUAACUGCAGGGUCGGUCUUGCUCGCUAGGGCACCAGAGAAACUCCCAGCAGGCCCCAGUCUUGCAUAAAUUCCAUUAGCCCUUUCUUAAUUCCAGCAUAAGCAUAUAAAACCUCUAAUUAAUCUCUACCAUUUGGUCUCCAUCUAAUUUCUAUGGGACUGGUCCCAGUCCUACACUGGAUAAAUGGCUAUGACAGGGAAGGCCAAUAUUAGCCCUGCUCUGGAUCUACAAAUCCCUAAUAGUAACAUCUCAUAGGACGUAGAAGGAAACACUUGGAAGUUUUACACUAAAAUGUGACUGUGGCUGUUAUAGAAAGUAAUAUUUAUUAUUUGAUAGCUUAGUUAUAGUCUUAGUUAUAUAGAUCUUUUCCCUUUUUAUGUUUUGUUUUGUAGGAUUUUGGUUUGCUUUACAGGGCAAACUGGUCCUAUCCCUUCUCCUUCAUGUGCAUUAUCUGUUUACAUGCUCUUGUCUUCGCUUAUCCAAGUCCUGCGAUACAUUUCAAGCCACCCUAGCAGUUCUACUGAUGAUGCACUCCUUUCUCCUUGCCUGUACAGCUGUCCCCUUAUUGAUUUGGACAUAUACUAUAUGAUGGCAUCAGUGCCAUUGUGUGGCUGUAUACUCAUGGCUCCAGUGUUCUGUUCGAUUCCAGCAUAAUUUAUUCAUGUUUUAAUUGUGUGUCAUUUUGUUUUAGUCUGAAAAUGAUCAUGUGUAUGUUUUUAAUCAUCUUUGUUUAUACAUGUACUCAAUAAACAACGUUUAAUUUA